AUGGUGGAGGGCGUUUUGUUAAAAUCCCCUAAAAGACUAAGAUCGCUUUUCUCUAUUCUACUCCUAUGGUGCGACUUGGGUGAUCCCGUCUCUUUAUGGCUGACCUACAAAAAUUACAUGUCUGAAGAUUUCCUGUAUCAGGUUCACUUGCUAAAUCCAUCAAUCGACGUCGAGUACAGUGACCUCAUUUACAACAGAGCGCUGCUUGAAAUCGGAGAUACUGUUUUCAAUAUGGGCGGGAGUGCGUUGGUAGUGUAUGGCCUACCUUCAACAAACCGGGAACGCCCAAACACACUGUCUUCUGAUUUGCUGCGUGAGACAUGUUAUAAUGUUGACGAACUUGCCCAGUACAUAGCAAACAAUGAGCCAAAGCUCCUUCCAGAACAGAAGUUCACUUACAACUCCGUUAUUAAUUCUGUCCGGGACAAAGCUGGGGGGAUUUUCUUCCUCGACGCUCCUGUGGGAACUGGCAAAACUUUUGUGACAAAAUUAAUAUUGACUGAGAUUAGGCGAACACAAGGCAUUGCCUUAGCUGUGGCAUCAUCUGGAAUUGCGGCUACUUUGUUGCCAGGUGGCAGGAUAGCUCACUCCGCUUUCAAGCUCCCUCUUGACUUAGCGAAGACGGACACACCAAUUUGCAACAUCAGUAACAGCUCAGAUCAGGCAGAAGUGUUCAGACGAUGCAAGCUUAUCGUUUGGGAUGAAUAUACAAUGGCCCACAGAGGUGCUCUUGAGGCGCUAGAUAGAUCUCUGAGAGACAUCAAAGACUCUACAGUUCCCAUGGGAGGCAUAACAUUUUUUCUUUCAGGGGACUUCAGGCAAACACUGCCAGUUAUUCCCAAGAGGAAUAGAGCUGAUACAGUACAUGCGCGUCGUAAGUCAUCUGCAUUGUGGCCCCUGGUGAAGACUCUCAAACUUCACACUAACAUGCGGGCUCAUAUGCGAGAUGAUGUAGCAUCAGCAGAAAUUUCUCACUCCCUGCGAUGA